CAAGGCUGACUUCAGUAAGCUGGAAGGCAGCCAGACUGGGAGAAUGGAGCUCAGCACCCUUCUUCUCCUUGCUCUCCUCUUGGGACUCUUGAUCCUCCUGGCUAGGGGCCACCCAAAUGCACAUGGCCAUCUUCCGCCAGGCCCCCGUCCUGUGCCCUUCCUGGGGAACAUUCUGCAGAUGGACAGAAGAGGCCUACUCAAAUCCUUUCUGAAGCUCCGAGACAAAUAUGGGGAUGUCUUCACGGUAUACCUGGGGUCAAGGCCUGUGGUCAUGCUAUGUGGGACAGAAGCCAUUCGAGAGGCCCUGGUGGACCAAGCUGAGGCCUUUUCUGGCAGGGGCAAAAUUGCCGUUGUUGAUCAAGUCUUUCAAGGAUAUGGUGUGAUUUUUGCCAAUGGGGAACGUUGGAAGGUCCUUCGGAGAUUCUCUCUGGCCACCAUGAGGGACUUUGGCAUGGGCAAGCGGAGUGUGGAGGAUCGCAUUCAGGAGGAGGCCCAGUGUCUGGUGGAGGAGCUGCGGAAAUCUCAGGGAGCUCUCCAGGACCCCACCAUCAUCUUCCACUCUAUCACUGCCAACAUCAUCUGCUCCAUUAUCUUAGGAAAACGCUUUGAUUACAGAGACCCUGAGUUUGUGAAGCUUCUGGACAUGUUCUACCAGUCCUUUGCACUCAUCAGCUCUUCCUCCAGCCAGCUGUUUGAGUUCUUCUCUGGCAUCUUGAAGUACUUUCCUGGCACACACAGGCAAGUCUGCAGAAACCUGCAGGAAGUCAAAGACUUCAUUGGCCGCAGCGUAGAGAAGCACAGAGAGACCCUGGACCCCAGCACCCCCCGGGACUUCAUUGAUGCCUACCUGCUCCGCAUGGACAAAGAGAAAUCCAACCCAGAGAGCGAGUUCCACCAGCAGAACCUCAUGAACACUAUGCUCAGUCUCUUUUUCGCGGGCACAGAGACCACCAGCACCACCCUCCGCUACGGGUUUCUGCUCUUGCUCAAAUACCCGCACAUCACAGAGAAAGUCCACAAGGAGAUUGAUCAAGUGAUUGGCUCACAUCGCCCUCCAGCCCUCAAUGACAAAGCCAAAAUGCCAUAUACUGAAGCAGUCAUUCAUGAGAUUCAGAGAUUUGGAGAUCUCCUCCCCAUUGGUGUGCCCCAUAUUGUCAACAAAGACACUCAAUUCCGAGGUUACAUCAUCCCAAAGGGCACUGAAAUAUUUCCCAUCCUGAAUUCGGCUCUUUUUGACCCACGUUACUUUGACACACCAGACACCUUCAACCCUGAUCACUUUCUGGAUUCCACUGGGGCACUGAAGAAGAAUGAAGCUUUUAUCCCCUUCUCCAUAGGGAAGCGCAUUUGCCUUGGUGAAGGCAUUGCCCGUGCAGAGUUAUUCCUCUUCUUCACCACCAUCCUCCAGAAUUUCUCCGUGGCCAGUCCCAUGGCCCCUGAAGACAUUGACCUCACACCCCAGGAGUGUGGAGUGGGCAAAGUGCCCCCUACAUACCAGAUCCGCUUCCUGUCCCGCUGAGUUGAAGGAAGCAGAUCAAAAGAUUCCACGGUCAUGAAGUAUCCCCACCCCUGCAAGGAAUGUCCCCUGCCUCUGUUUGUGUUCUGCAUCUGAGAGAUCUGCUGCAAGCCAGUAUCCUUCCCCAUCCUUGUUUUACACCUCCAUGAGAAAGUCCUUUCUGUGUCUCAUCUCCUCCCAUCAUAUUGCAGCUCUUCUAAAGACUCAAGGAGGCAUGUGUGUGUGUGUGUGACAGGAGGUGUUUUCCUUUUCUCUGCUAAUAGAAUUCCAGAAGUGGUAUAUAUAGAAACUAGAGGCUGAAAGGAGAAACUCAGCUCAGGAUCUCUCUGCAGAUCUGCUUCCCAGGCUACUGCUCACCCUGAGUGACUUCUCCCUUCCUUAGAACAGGCACAGCCUGCAUUUAGCAACUUCAUAUGCUGCAUGAUCUGUACAUACAUGAUCUCACUUGAAUCCCACUCCUAAUAACCCCAUAUGAUGAGUACAAUGAUCAUGCCUAUUGUACAUAUGAGUUAAAAAGGCCAGGUAAUAGUGUCAAUUGUCCAAGGUCACAUAGCUAUUAAGUGGGGGAAUAAGUUUCACAAUCAGUCUCCAUGGCUCUAGAACUCAAA